AUGGCGUCUGCAGGAGGUGAGCGCCUGUCGAGCAGCGACUUUAAGAAGAAGCGCGAGAUCGAAGAGGCGCGGAAGAAUGGGACGCUGCCGCCGGAACAAGACGCCGACGGGAACCUCAUCAACCCGCACAAUCCCGAGUACAUUAGCAAGCGGCCGUGGUACUUGGGCGACGCGGGGCCGUCGCUCAAGCACCAGACGCUGCAGCAACAGGCGCACCUCUUGUCGAUUCAUGAAGCCGAUGCGCUCUAUCUCAAGGACCGGAAACCGACGGCAGCCGGUGCAGACCGACCGCGCAAGUGGCGCAAAGGCGCGUGCACGAACUGCGGCGCGGGGAGCCACAAGACGAACGAGUGCGUCGAGCGGCCGCGCAAAGUGGGCGCGUGGAAGACGCACAAGAACCUCAUGACGGACGACGCGCGAGUGGACGUGCGCUCGGAGAAGUUUGGGAAACUCGCGUUCGACGCCAAGCGCGACCAGUGGCUGGGCUACGACCCGAAGGAACAUGCCAAGACGAUCGAGCGGUACGAAAAGGUGGACGCGGCGCGCAAGCAAUUGCGGACGGAAGAGAUCAACAAGAAGCUGCAGGCGUCAGUGGACAGCAAGAGGAAGCGAAGGAAGGAGAAGGAGAAGCAGAAGAAGAAAGGAGUGGGGCGAGGGAACGAGGAUUCGGCGUGUCCGUCGGGUUCCGACUCGGACUCGGACUACGAGUCGGACGUGCAGUCGGAGGACGAAGCGUUCCGUGACUACGAUGAAGGGCCGAUGUUUACAGAGCGCGUGGCGCGGCAGGGAGGCGUGGGUGGCGCUCAGAUGAAAACGACGGUGCGGAAUUUGCGGAUCCGGGAAGACACGGCCAAGUACCUUCGUAAUUUGAACCCCAACUCGGCGUAUUACGAUCCGAAGACGCGAUCCAUGCGCGACAAUCCGAACCCGGAGCUGAAUCCAGAAGACACGACGUUUGUCGGAGACAACAUGGCGCGCUUUACAGGCGACGCACAGAAAUUGGCGUCGGCUCAGCUUUUUGCAUGGGAAGCAUACGCCAAGGGCACGGACAUUCACUCGCUUGCCAACCCUUCGCAGGCCGAGUUUCUGAAAAAGCAGUAUGAAGAGAGGAAGGCGGCACUCGAGAAGGAGAAGAGCCGCAAGAUUCUGGACAAGUACGGUGGCCAGGAGCACUUGGAGGCACCACCGAAGGAGUUGUUGUUGGCGCAGAGCGAGCACUAUGUCGAAUACUCGCGCGACGGUCGUAUUGUCAAGGGCCGUGAACGCGCGCCAGCACGUUCCAAGUACAUUGAGGAUGCGUUGGAGAACAACCACACGAGUAUAUGGGGCUCGUGGUUCGACCGCAGUGACAUGGCAUGGGGGUAUGCUUGCUGCCACUUGAAGGUCCGCAAGUCGUACUGCACGGGCGACGAUGGGAAGAAGGCCUCUGCUGAAGCAAGAUUAGUGAGCACCGAGCGGGCGAUGCUCAAGGUGCCUGAGAAGCUCAAGUCUGGAUCGACCGAUGAGACUACGUCCGCCGAGGCAGGUGGUGUAAUCAGCAAACGCAGUGAGCUGUACGGCGAGAACAUUGCUCCUAAGCUCGAUGGGAAGAAGCUGAAGAAGGCCAUUGAAAAGGCAGCCAAAGAGAAGAAAAGACACACGGAAAAGGACGACAAGAAACGCAAGUACAACUCUGUGAGCAAUAGCGAGGUGAAUGCCGAGGAGAUGGAGGCGUACAAACUGCUCAAGUCGCGUGGUGACGACCCCAUGGCAAAAGUGCUUGGCACUGGUGUGCUGCUGGAAGAAGACGAAGGCAACGGACGAUUGUCAACACGCUAA